CCGUUGCCACCCAGAGAGCAGCCACCGUCGGGGAGUCGGGGCAUCUGCAGCUUGUUGCCCUCCAAGAGGCAACAGCAGUAAACCAGAGAUCAGCUCCCCUUACAGCUGUCUGUAAAUUUAGACUGUCAGAACCAGACACUGGAGGAGCCAUGGAGCCCAGACUUUGCUUUGGAAGCUGCACUAGAUGUGGGGAAGCCGUGUUCGCUGCUGGAGGAGCCUGCAAGGCCAUGGGACAUUUAUUCCACAACACAUGCUUCACCUGCAGCGUCUGCAACAAACAGCUCACAGGACAGCCGUUUUUCACCGUGUCAGGACACAUCUACUGUGAGGAUGAUUUUUUGUUCUCUGGAGUUCACCCAUCUGAAGAAACCUGUUACAGUUGCGGAAGUUCAAUCACAGAUUUGGUUCUGCAGGCCCGGGGGAAACCAUACCACCCGACCUGUUUUCGCUGUGUGGUCUGCAGACAGGAGCUGCAGGGUCAGGCCUUCGCUGUGGACUCAGACUGCAGGGUUUACUGUGUCACCGACUAUCACAGGGUCCAGUCUCCCCGCUGUGGUGCCUGCAGGAUGCCGAUACUGCCUACAGAGGGAUCUGCAGAGUCAAUUCGAGUGGCAUCAUGUAACAAGUACUAUCAUGUAGAGUGCUACAGCGGUGAGGUCAGCCUUAUUUAAUGGAGAUGAGGGAAUUAUUGUGAUUUUUUAUACAACGUAUCAUUCAAAUAAAAUCUUUGGUUUUCUGAUUU